AUGGACCACUCUUUUAUACGUAAUGAUGCGGUACUCGGGAAUGCUGUUCGCUGCGUUAUGCGCUCCAAAAUAAUGUUUAUACUCAAACAACUCACUGCCAUGCUCGCAGUAUACCCUAUCAACCUAUCGAUAACAAGCAUAGUACAAGUUCAGAAAAUCUUACAGCCGGUGCUUAACUCAGCGCUCAAACAGGUUACACGGUCCAAAGCCGUUUUGAUUGGUCUUUCUACUUGCUUCACAAUAACGUGCGCCAUCAAUAUCACUGCUGUGAUGUUUGUAUUUGCCUUUGGACCCAAUCUGGAAUCAACGUUCACUAUGUUGAAUAUUAACAUCUGCCAGCAAGAUACUACAUCUCUCCGAUGGGCAUACCCUGCAACAAGCAUGGCAGUUCUGACAUUCGACACCAUUCUCUGCGCUUUUGCUUUACAUCAUGCCAUUAGGCACCUUUCACCUUCGUUCUGGAAUAGGCCAGUGCAAGCAGCAACGAGCAUUGGGGCUGUGAUUGUUCGAGACAACUUGACCUACUUUUUAUUCGAUAUAACUGCAUUCAGCGCUUUGAUGUGUUACACGCUUUCGGCUAUGGCAUUUGCGCCCUCUAUAGCAAACAUAACGGCAUUCAUUGUCAUCAACUCGAUAAUGGAAAGCAUCCUCCUCGCCCUGAUCGGCCCUUGGUUAUUGGUGAGCCUAAGGAAGAGCUUUGAAUUGACUACAGGUGCCGAGGUUUCGGCAUCACAAGAAGUAACGACAGUGGCGUUUGCGAGUGUACCUCCAAUACGAAGCGUUGGGUAUAUGUUUGAAGAUGCGACAUUCCAGCAGCUUUGA